UGUUUUCCGUAGCAAGGAUACAAAGCGAAACAGGAAAAUAUCCACCUCGCUCGAUCUAUGUGAGAAAAGGAAGACAGAAGAAGGAAAAUACGUAGUGAUUACGAGAUUAAUUGGCGGAGACUUACUUAAAACUACAAAUAAACAUGAUGUUCAUCGGAUCGGUCGUCCUUUUCCUCGCUAUAACAGCAAUCACUGCACAGAAUAAUUGCUCAGAUAAUAAUUCUAUUUGCAUCAGCAUUUACAACUGCCCGGAAAUUUUAGCAGUCUUGAGAGGUCCAAAACCAUUGUCGCCACAGAUUAUACAAAGGAAUACGCAAUGUGGUUUUGAGGGCAAAUAUCCGAAAGUUUGUUGUCCUCGGCAACAGACCACAGGCGCAUUACUAUCUAGAGUAGAUCGUUCAACUUCUGGGGAUACUCCAAAUCCACCGGAUGUAACAAACCAUCCAAAUCUACAUCUUUUGGAUCAUCAUUCAUGCGGGCCUCUUACCCAAUCAAAGAUAGUUUAUGGUAGCAAAACUGCUAUCUUCCAGUAUCCCUGGAUGGCACUGAUCGCAUACGAACGCGCCGGAAGACCGGGUCCGAAUUUCCUUUGUGGCGGCACAAUCAUUUCGUCGCGUUACAUUCUCACCGCCGCUCAUUGCGUCACGUUACUACCACAAGGAGUCAGACUCAUAGGCGUCAGGGUAGGGGAUCACGACAUAAGCACGGAACGUGACUGUGAGAAGGACACUAAUGGGGAGGAGGUCUUUUGCGCUGAGAAGUAUCAGGAAUUCAAUGUGUCAAGCGUCCACUUUCAUCCAGAGUACUCGAAUAGUACACAGCAAAAUGACAUCGCGCUGAUCAAAUUGAAUAAUAGCAUAGACUUCACACCUCUGAGUGUCAAGCCCAUUUGUUUACCCUUUGGUUCUGCAACAAACCUAACUCAUAGUAAGGCUACAGUUACUGGUUGGGGUUUGACGCAGUAUGACGUGAGCAGCCCUGACCUUCUGCAAGCAAAACUACCGAUGGUUCCAAAUGAAGAGUGUAAAGAAAUAUAUAGAGCUAAUAAUAAGUCCUACGUGCAGAUUUCAUACAAGCAAUUAUGCACCCGCAGUCAAAUGAAAGCGGACGUCUGUAAUGGCGACAGCGGCGGGCCUCUGCAGGCGACGAAUACAUACAAUAGCAAAACCGUGCGCUACGUCCAGUACGGCAUAAUCAGCUUUGGAAUGAGGCCAUGUGAUAUCCAGGCCGUCCCCGGAGUCUACACCAAAGUCUCCUAUUACAUGGACUGGAUCCUCAACACUAUGACAAAUUAAAAAGCACAUGAAACUUUGUAGGACAUAAAUCUCUCACGUGUUCGCAAAAACUGCAAUUUCGUGAGACGUUUGAUGAGUACACAAAUAAAAUUCUUUUCAAAAAAUUGACAGGAUAAAUAAAAUUGUAACAAUAGUAAAGGAAUAUCUUCAACGCUUGUGGAAGUCAGCGAUUUAAGCUUCUAUGAUGAUAAUCCACAAGAGAAUACCGUUAGUAUUUUUAAUUAAUAAAAAUAAUUAUUGUUAAUUAAAAAAUGUUGCUUUAUUCUUUUAUUAGACUAAAGCGUCUUCUUGCAAAUUUUACUCCAAUUACAAUUUUACUCUAUUAGACUGAGAUUUUUCAGGAUUACGACUUAAUUUGAAUUUAAUUAUGCUCCUUUUCAUAGCACAUGUGUGAUAAGAAUGAUAAGAAUGUAAUAUUGAUGAGAACAAAAACACGGAAGAAAGAGAGAAAAAAAAGAGAGACACUUUCUGUUUGCUGAAUAAUAAAAUAUUUGUACAAAAUA